AUGGCGAGUGCAGCCGCGAAUUUGAAACACGGGUUGUUGGGCGAAUUCCGAGCAGGAGUAGAAAGCAUCGACGAAUACAAGGAAAGGUUCGAGCUUUACUGCCUGGCAAACGCAGUACCGAUAGGAGACGAGCACGUAGCUCGUAGGAAGGCAAUCUUUCUAACGUCUGUGGGUGCAUCGACCUACAGUUUGUUGCGGACCUUGGUACGACCUCGCCAACCGCAAGAUUUGGAGCUUGAUGAUAUCAUUCAGCAACUGAGAAAUCACUACGAGCCAAAGAAGAUUGUCAUAGCCGAGCGAUUCCGUUAUUACAAGAGACAACAGAAAGAAGGUGAGACUGUUACGGUGUUCUUGUCAGAAUUGCGUCGUCUAGCUAAACACUGUGAGUUCGGAGACAAGUUGUCAGUUGCGUUGAGGGACCAAUUCGUGUGUGGAUUACGAGUAGAAGCCCUACAGCAGAAAAUUCUAGCGGAAACUGACUUAACACUCGAGAAAGCGGUACGAAUAGCGCAAGCUUUUGAAUCGGCAAGACAAGAAACGAUAGCUUUGCGAGGAGACACGCGCAGACACGGAUCAACAAAAGACCACGAGACGGCAUUUAGCAUGCAAAGUAGUAACAGUGGGAGGUCAAAGACAGCACAGUCUGAUGUGAAAGUAUGCUACAGAUGCAAUGACAAGGGGCACGUUCCUGAUAAGUGUCAGAUGAAAUCAAGAGAGUGUUAUUUAUGUCACAAGCAGGGACAUAUCGCAAAAGCCUGCCGGAGUAAGAAGCAAGGCGAUUGCAAGAACAGGAGCGGAGCAACGGGUACCAAGAAUGCAAAGUACCAGAAACAAGCCACGUUACAAGUGGAAGAAGAGGAAGUAUGUUCACUUUAUGGUCUGGGAAGUCAGGAUGCUAUCAAAGUCAAUAUGACUGUAGCUGGACGAGAAUUAGAGCUGAUUGUUGACAUGGGUGCAACUAUUACCGUGAUUCCCAGGGAGACCUAUGAGAAACAACUAUCCCAUGUCAAACUCCAGAGCAGCAACGUGAAAUUACAGUCAUAUUGUGGACAGACAUUGUCUGUACGCGGAGAAGCUGUAGUACCAGUACGCUACAGAGAUCAAGAAAUACGAGGUAGAGUAGUUGUCGUCAAUGCUGCAAAUAAGCCAGCAGUGCUUGGCAGGAAUUGGUUGUCACAACUCAAGUUGGACUGGGCAUCUUUAUUUAGCUUGAAUGUCCUGGAUCCCAUACACGAGUUUCCUGAGUUAUUCGAGGAAGGAAUGGGAAAGCUGCAAGGAGUGCAAGCGAAAAUUACUUUGAGUGCCAAUGCAAGGCCAGUCUUUCAUAAGGCAAGACCAGUACCAUUUGCGUUACAAGCUAAAGUGGAUACUGAAAUCGAUUGCUUAGUCAGAGAAGGAGUACUGACACCUGUAGAUCAGAGCGAGUGGGCUUCACCGAUAGUAGUGGUGAGGAAAUCUGACGGCAGUAUCAGAUUGUGUGGUGACUACAAAGUAACCAUCAAUGAAUAUUUGGGAAAUAUUGAGUAUCCCACACCAAAUGCUCAAGAUUUAUUUGCUACUUUAGCAGGUGGUCGACGAUUUACCAGGCUUGAUCUAAAGCAAGCUUAUCAACAAAUGGAAGUGGAUACGGGGAGCCAAGAGUAUUUAACCAUAAAUACUAGGAAGGGUUUGUUUACUUAUACCAGAAUGCCUUUUGGUAUACGAACAGCACCGAGUAUUUUCCAGAAAACGAUGGAUAUGAUAUUGUCUGGAAUACCAGGAGUUUGUUGUUUUUUCGAUGACAUACUGAUUGUCGGUUCAACUGAUGCUGAGCACGAUGCAAGAGUGAGGCAAAUAUUACAACGCCUAAAGCAAAGAGGAGUCCGGCUAAAGAAGGACAAAUGUGAAUUUGGUCAGUCUGAGAUGACAUACUUAGGUCACAGGGUAGAUCACGAAGGUCUGAAGCCUACGGAAGACAAGGUCAAGGCUAUCAGGGAAGCACCUGAGCCAAGAAAUGUGACUGAGUUGAAGGCAUUUCUGGGGCUGUUGAACUAUUACAGCCAUUUCUUACCAAAUCUGUCGAAUACUCUACAAGCAUUGUAUGAGUUACUUCAAAAAGGAAGACAGUGGAGAUGGACAAGGAAACACAGGGCCGCAUUCAAUGCAGCAAAGAACAAUCAAGCUCAAUGUGACGCAUCCCCAUAUGGAAUAGGAGCCUGUUUGAGUCACGAGUUUGAGGAUAGAUUGGAGAGACCAGUGGCAUUUGCUUCACGGACACUGUCAUCAGCAGAAAAGGGCUAUGCCCAAAUAGUGCGUGAAGCACUGGCAAUCAUUUUCGGCGUUCGUCAUUUCCACAAGUUCCUCAUUGGUCGAAGAUUUACACUAGUGACAGAUCACAAACCUUUGGUCAAAAUUCUGGGACCUAAACAGGGCAUCCCAGCGUUAGCAGCAGCAAGGCUGCAGAGGUGGGCACUAAUUUUAAGUGCAUAUGAGUACAACUUGGAGUAUAUGGCUGGAGAGGAGAAUAAGGAAGCAGAUAUGCUGUCCCGACUGCCAAUGGAAGUGAAUGUCAUAGACCCUAACCAGGAAUUGUACCAUGUGGAUUGCUGUGAAAAUCUACCUGUAACAGCAGCAGAAGUAGCACAAGAGACUAAAGCAGAUCCAAUUUUGAGACGGGCAUACCAGUAUACAUUGUCUGGAUGGAACUGGAAAAGUCACAUGGAUCCAAGGUUACAACCCUACUCACGACGGUCAGAUGAACUUAGCGUUGAAGAGAACUGUUUACUUUGGGGAACACGUGUGAUAAUACCGCAAAAAUUACAGUCAAGAGUUCUAGCAGAUCUUCAUGAAAAUCACCUGGGUUCAAAUCGAAUGAAAGCAUUAGCUAGAUCAUAUAUCUGGUGGCCGAGUUUGGACAUGACGUUGGAAGAAUUGUGCAAGAAAUGUGAAAUUUGGCAAAGUCAGAGGAAUAAACCACCUGCUGGUAUUCCUCAUCCAUGGAUGUAUUCCACAGCACCUUGGAAGAGAGUUCACGCGGAUUUCGCAGAGUUUGAAGGUCAACAUUAUCUUAUUAUGAUUGACGCUUUUUCGAAAUGGUUGGAAGUGCAUGAAAUGGGCACUAGUACAACGGCUAGUAGGACAAUAGAGGUGAUGAGGCGAGUUUUUAGUUUUCAUGGCAUUCCAGGACGAUUGGUGACAGAUAAUGGUCCACAAUUCAGGUCAGUAGAAUUUCAGGAGUUCAUGAAAGGAAAUGGUGUCAAACACCAACUCACCCCUCCGUAUCACCCAUCGAGCAAUGGACAAGCAGAACGAGCAGUUCAAAUCUUCAAGAGAUCUAUGGAGGCACGACCUAGAGGACGCACUAUUUGA